CAAACAUGUCACAUGACUGCAUUCUCAGCUCAAGAUGGCGGCGCUCCCUCCAAGGUUGAAGGGCAUUCAAAGCUAUAUCAGUGUUUCCAAUCAGUAUAAGCAGAGAGAUCCAGUCAUUUCUUAUUACUGUCAUCUUUAUGCCUUAAAUAAAGGAUUACCAUUAGCUAAAGGAGAUUCCAGUGCCAAAGAAGCCAUAUUGAAACUAAUGGAUGAUGCUGAAAAUCUAAAGAAGAGUAUUGAAGACAAAGAAUAUAUAAAAGAUGAAAUUGUUGCUCAGUCUUACGUGGAAGAUGCUGCACUCAAAUUAUUUAAUAAAGCCGACCAGGCAGAUAGAGCAGCAAUGUUUGACAAAAAACUAACUAAAAUGUUUUACGUUGCAUCGCAAUUGUUUACUGUACUGGAGCAUUUUGGUGACUUAACUGAUGAGAUAGAGCAUAAGAGGAAAUAUGCAAAAUGGAAAGCUGUCGAAAUCGAUCGCUGUCUUAAGAAUGGAAUAACACCGACCCCUGGACCAGCUGGAGUUAAUGAGGGAGAGGAUGAUGAUGAUCCAUCUCAAUUUGGCCAACCUGUGGCAAUACCACCACAGCCUCCAGGUUCAUAUUCCGGUGUGCAGCCUUACCCACCAAUGGGUCCACCAUACCCACCAACAAAUAGUGCCACACCUCCAUACCCACCCACCACAGGCGUUCCUCCUCCAACUGACCCAACACCUACUGUGUCCCCAUACCCACCUAGUGCUGCAUCUCCAUACCCAUCAGCCCCACAGCCUCCAACUGGUCCCACUCCUACACCUCUCCCUCGCUCCAAUCCUCCUGGAACUAGAAGUACGCCCAUUAAGCUCGGUGAGACGACUAGUGGUGGUGGUGGCAAGAUUGAAAUAUCAGGAGUACAAAAGGAAACUGUACAGAAGUACUGCAAAUACGCCAUUAGUUCAAUGGAUUUCAAUGAUACUGAGGGAGCCAUUUCUUUCUUAGAGAAGAGCUUACGCAUUUUAAAAACCGGGAAAGAGGAUUAGACUCGAAACACAAAAAUUAAUUUUUAUUAAUGUAACAGUUUUAAAACAUAAUAAUAAUAUUAACAAUGUGUCUUGUAUUAUUACUACAUGUAGCUCCAAUAAUGACUAAAAUAAUGAAUAUUAACACAGAUUAGUAACUAAAAAUGUGAAUAUUAAUAAUAAUUAUUGUUAUAAUUGUAAACUAA